GCCACACCAGAGGCCCCGGAGAGACUCCCUGUUCUUCUGAUAUGGAAAAGAGCAGAGACGCCCUUCUGAGCAUCACAGUCGCAGAGAUCCUUGAAAUCUGCCAAGGUGUGCAAGCAGAACGUCAUGUGACCCCCGAGCACGCCUCUAAUCCUCCCAUGGACCGAAAUAGCUCAACCUUGGGGUGGCAGGAGCCUCUGGACGAUGAGGCAGGGACGGAAUGCCCGAGGGACCAGGAGUACAUUCUUCUGUGUGAAGGUGUGCGGCAACAAGAUAAGGACCUGUCGGCUGAAGAAACAAUAUUUUUGGAGGAGUUUCCCAUCUUCAAAGAGGAGCUAGAAGUGGAAAUUAGAGAGCUCCAUGCCCUUGCAGACGACAUCGACACAGCCCACAGAACAGUCACCAAGGCCAACAUGGUGGCCACCUCCAUCACUGUGGUCUCAGACGCCAUGAGCAUCCUGGGUCUGGUCCUCGCACCAGCAACAAUAGGAGGAAGUCUCAUGCUCUCUGCCGCUGGUAAAGCUCUGGGGACAGCAGCCGGCCUCACCAGCAUCUUCACCGACGUUAUGGAACACUUCCAGAAUCAAGAAGCUCAAACCCGGGCCAGCAGCCUAGUGUUCACCUGUGACCACGAGGUCAAGGAGGCUCAGGGAAAGGUCUUCCAUGCCAUGAGUGUCGGAAAGAAGGCCUUCAAUUGCGGAAGUAACAUCAGGAAUGUCAAGAGGAACAUACGUGCCUUUCAAGCGGCCAGAGCCCACCCACGCCUGGCCACUGCCGCCAAGCGUCUCCUGACCACUCGCCAACUCUCGGCCCGAAGGAGCAGGCAGGUGCAAAGGGUCUUUAAGGGCACAGAGGUGCUGUUAAAGAAAAGUGCUCGCGUGCUGUGUGGUGCUGUGACUGGCUUCUCCCUCUGCCAGGACAUGGUCACCCUCCUGAGCGACUGGAGGCAACUGAAGGAAGGAGCAAGAACCAAGAUGGCGGAAGAGCUGAGGGCCCACGCUUGGGAGCUGGAAGACCAGCUGACAGAACUCACCCAGCUCUACGAGAGCCUUCAGCAGCAGAACCUCUUGCAAGAGAAAAGGCCCAGGAUCUCAUCUUCAGAAGGAGCCGGGGGUCUCUGGCUCCGGCCCCAGGCAGGAGUGGUGAAAGGAGAGGAUUAG